UUUAUAAAUAUUUUCUUCUUCCUUGGAUGGUAAUAUUACUUUUAUUUUCCGAGCCCAUAAUGUGGUACGCUGAUGGAGGUCAACCUGGUGAAUCUUCCUCUGCUGGUCUGUUUGCUGGUUGUGUUCUGAUGACAUCUGUAGCUGACCCUUCGUUGAUGUUGUUGUAUCGAUACUCAGAUUUUUAAAGAUGUGCCAGAAUCGUCAGGAAGUGAAGCAUUGCAGGAUUAAAACUACAAGGGAUUGCAACUGCAAAACUGGUCAGCUGAUGUACAAGGACUUCCUCAUACUCUUCCAAGCAACGCAAUACUGAACUCUGAAGACUAAGUGCUACGGUUGUAAGAGAAGACAAGCUUAGAGAAGAAGUAGAAUGUGAGGGGAUAGAGAAGCUUGCAAUAAAAUCAGCUGUACAAGUGACUGUACAACUAAUAGAUGCUCCUUGAACGUAUUUAUACGCCAGUUUUACAAUGACGUGGGACGUUAAGGACGAGGAACGGCUCAUAACAGCCGUCUUGGAGCGACCUGCGCUGUGGGAUAAGACUCACAGUCAGUGCUCAAACAACUAUUACUUGGCUAAAAUGUGGGAUGAAAUAAAUCAAGCUUUUAAUAUGGAAUCUAAAGACAAAGUCAGGAAUAAGUGGCGAAGCAUUGUAACAACGCUUAAGAAAGAAGAAAAUAAAUUAAAAUCUUUGAGAUCAGGGGCUUGUGCCAAUGAUUUAAUAAAGAGCACGUGGCAUCAUUUUAAAGCCAUGCAGUUUAUUCAUGGUCCCACAACUAGAGAAUCGACUGGAAACAUCACCCAUUACAAUUCAUUGAAGGAUAAUCAACAGCCAUCUACCAGCAAACUAGGUGAUCCCACUGAGCAACAUCAGAGAAGUGACGAAUCACAAUCACCCUUUGCAAGAUAUCCUACCGCAAUAGUGCCCAUUGCUUCUACUGAGGCAAUACCAGUAGCCACUACAAUCGAUGAUGCUGAUUGUUACUAUUUUUCAAGCUUAAUGCCGCACAUAAGUAAAAUUAAGGACAAAAAAAGUAAAAUGAGGUUUCGAAUGGAUGCCAUGUAUCUUCUAUUAAAGUUUCUCGAGGAAGAGGAGAAGAAACCAUCAAUUAAGCAGGAAUUGAAUGAAAAUAUCGAUUAUUCAGAUGAUGAUGAUAUACAAGUUGUUGAUUUCUAUUUUACGAAACCUCCAAAUAAAAAAGUAAAGGUAGAACCUGCACUUAUUGAAAAACACCCGAAAAAAGAACCAGAUGUUGAAUAUUCCGAAGAAUUCAAAGAAUACAUCGUUAAUCAUAUGGCAAAAAUAAAGAGGAAUCAACAAAAAGAACCAGAACAGGAGGAAGAACAAAAAACUAAUAGAAACUUUUAUUUAUUUUGUUUAAACAGUUUAGUUCUACAAAUUUCACAAUUUGGUACUCGUAAACUUGCAUGCCUAUUAUUGCUUAUCGUAGAAGCUAAUCUUUAAUCUCAUUGUCGUUAAAAGUAAUCAUUAUAACACAGUUUUUGAUGUAGUGUAUGUGUAUGUAUUUACUAUCAAU